AAUAUAGUUCAAGUAAAUAAAAAAGAAAAAAAAAACUAUUAGAAGUGUGUGUGAUUUUUUCUCGACAUCUAAUUACAAAGAAAUUGAAGUGAUAACCGACUUUGAUUUUUUUUAUUAUUCGAGAUUUAAAAAAAAAAUUACGUUGUAGAAAUUUUGAUAUUUUUACAAAAAUUUGAAAAAAAAAUACAAGAACUUUAAAACUUUUUAAGAUAUUUUGUUAACCAAUCGAGUCAUCGUAAACUACCUCAUUUACAACAAUUAAUUUUAAAAGAAACAAAAAAAUAUUCCACAAUAAAAACAACAUAAACACAAUGUUUAAGCAAAAGGAAAAGGCUCAUGACCCCACCGACACAAAUUAUGUAGGAAACAGCAGUAUUAGCCAGGAAUACAUCAUCAGUGAUCACAAUUACGGGAAAAAUAACGUCAAAAUAUUGGAAGUAGUCAGAAAUGGUCCGAUUCACUCCAUCAAAGAACUCACAGUUUGCACAAAAUUAUCCCUCAAUAGUCAAAAAGAUUACACACAUGGUGACAACUCAGAUAUCAUCGCUACCGACUCCCAAAAGAACACUGUCUACGUAUUGGCAAAGGAGCAUGGCAUCAAAACGGCCGAAGAAUUUGGAUUAUUGCUCGCAAAGCACUUUUUAACGACUUACGGUCACGUUAAACGAGCAAAAAUUUGGAUUGAAGAGUCGCCAUGGGAGCGUCUCGGUUACGGGUCUGGUCCGUACGCUCAGCUGCAUAAUCAUGCUUUUGUCUAUACGCCCACAUGCACCAAAAAUUGCGAAAUUACGUUGAGUCGCGAUGCCGAACCCAUCAUAAAAAGCGGCAUCACCGGCUUACGAGUCCUCAAAACGACCAAAUCAUCCUUUGUUAACUUUAUAAACGACGAAUUUCGCAGCUUGCCGGAUCAGAGAGAUCGCAUUUUCAGCACUGUGGUGCGUGCCGAAUGGCAAUUUAAUGUGACAGGAGGUGUGGAUUUCGAUAAAAUCUCGAAAAUUAUUCAGCAAAUUAUUUUGACGUGCUUUGCGGGAGAACCGAUUCAUGGUGUUGACUCGCCAAGUGUGCAACAUACGAUUUUUUUGGCCAAUAAGGAGGUGCUUGAUAACAUUCCUCAAAUUCAAUGGAUCGAAAUGGAGAUGCCAAAUAAGCAUUAUUUUAAUGUUGACUUCUCAAAAUUAUCGAAAGCAGUUGAGAAAUGCGAAAAUGAGGAGAUUUUCUUGCCAGCAACAGAUCCGGCGGGAAACAUCUAUUGUCGCGUGGAUCGAAAAGAUACAAAGUCAAAGCUAUAAAUGUCUGACAGAUAAGGUUUUUCAAAAUAAAAAUAUGAUAUUCUGAGUUUUUUACAAUGUAUUCUAUAUGCAUAUAUGAAUUAAUCAAUGAUAAUCAUAAUAAAUAAAAAAUUAAUAAGAA